AUGAAUAACAAAACAAAUGAGGUUGAAGAAAGAACAAAAGAUGAAAAUAUAAAAAAAUUAACUAUAAUAAAAAUUUCAUCUAUUAUUAAAAAUGGAGAUAUUUCAAAUUGCCAGGAAUUGAUUUUAAAAAAUAAGAAUAUAGAAGAAUGUGAAGAAUUAUAUCAAAUGAAGAAUUUAAAUAAAAUUGAUUUAAGUCAAAAUAAAAUAAAAGAUUUAAAAAUGAUUGAAAUGAAUUUAAAUUUAGAGAAAAUAAUAUUAGAAAAUAAUUUGAUAUGUAAUGUCAAUUUUUUAGAUAAUAUAAAUAACCUGAUAUAUUUAAAUUUAUCAAAUAAUAAAAUUAAAAUAAUAGAUAAUAUUUGCCAUUUAAAGAAUCUAAGAACAUUAAUUUUAGCAUAUAAUGAAAUAGAAAAAGUUCCCAAUUUAUCAAAUUUAAAUAACUUAGAAACAUUAAUUUUAAAGAACAAUAAUAUUGAAACAUUUACUAAACCAACAAAGCAAAUGGUAAAAUUGAAAAAAAUAUCCCUUUCUUUUAAUAAGAUUAGACAAUUUUGUUUUGGUUUUCAUUUCUGCAAUGUUCAAGAAUUAAGAUUAAAUUCUAAUAAGUUAAUAAAUAUUGAAAAAGAUAUAAUAUAUAUGACUUCUUUAAAAUUAUUAUUUAUACAAAAUAAUUUUAUUAUAAAACCAGAUUUUUUAAAUCAUUUGAAUGAAUUAAAUUAUUUAAAAAAUAUAGUUAUUUCAGACAAUCCUUUUUUUAAAAAACUAACUAUUGAAUUAUUAAAUAAUUUUAUUCAAAAAUCGAAAAAGUUAACUAUAAUUAAUUCUGUUAUUAUCCCUUGUAACAGAAAGUUUGUAAACUAUUGUUUUAAUUGCUCAAAUAACAACACGUCAUGUUCCCACAUUUUGAAUAAUAGUACAUGUAAAUCGAUAAAAGUAGAAAAAAAAGAAAAAAACAUGUAUACCAAUAAAAAUAACUUACAUAUUCAUAAAAUAUCUAAGAGAAAAAAAAAAAAAAAGGAAGAAAAUAAAAUAGCAAUAAAAAAUAAAUGA